GAAUACGUGGUCGGAUUGUAGUGGCAGAAAUUGAUUUUUCGCCUCGCAAGUACAAAGACUUAGCAGAUGCAAUACGAAACAAUUAUCGCGUUUGUUGCAAAGAUUCACAGCCUUGGCAAGGAACGUACAUAUAUAUUCUUUAGCAAUACAUAUUCUUCGGCUUUGUUUUGGUCUACCCAUUGGUUCUACCAAAGUUCGUCUUGGUUGUGUAUAACUUCGCCUUGGUUGUACAAAAAAUUUUUGUCUGUAGUUCUCUGAAAUUCCGGAUAGACUUUCAUGUUUGAUUUACAUCUUGAGCAAAUGAAUGAAUCGAUUUUGUUAAGACUUGAACAUCGCUUUUUGUUACUUUACAGCAAAAUGCUUCGCAAAUUGUUUAUUCUAAAAUGUGGAAAAUGUUUAGCGUUUUAAAGUAAGUGACUUCUUUAAACUCUGAAGCAGUAGUUAACUAACGUCUCUAGAAAAAUCAAAGUUUCAUGUAAUAAUUACCGUCAUAACUUUGAUAAUGUACAUAUAAUCGAACAUUAGCAACGUCAUAACUUUAAUAAUGUACAUAUAAUUGCCCAUUAUCAACGUCAUAAAUUUAAAAGUGUACAUAUAAACAUAUUUCUGUGAUAUAUGUUAUUAAUUGUUCUUAGGAAUCAAGGUUUGCAUAUAUAGCGUACCAGAUAAGUCUGACGCAUGAUAUGUUUUGAUAAUUUUAUAAAGAUAACCAGUCACAUGUAUUUUCGCAAGACACGAAACGGUAGAGUAAAGCAUCUGAGAAAUGCUUUGAAUAAAAUUUCAGUCAAGGAACCCAUUUAACAUCCAUGAACAUCAUCCUGAGGAUGUGAACCAAGUUAUGUGAUAUGAAAAUUCAUAUUUAGGGGCUAUGAAACAAAAUUAUUUUAAAAGAUCAUACUCAUAGCCCUACAGGAGAAAACCUCGUGCAUUAGGUAUUGAAUUAAUUACUCAAUCGAGACAGCAUUUGAAAUAAUCAUAUGAUUUUUUAUACAAAAGACUAACCUUAUACAUGUCAAUUAUGUACGAAGAUAUUUACUCAAAAGUGUAGUUUAAACACGUGCCAUUAUUCAUACAGGAGUGGAACCUUAUGUGAGUGAAAAUAUGUAUAAAGUUAUUUAGUCAGAAAUUUAAGUUAAAUAAGCUUAUGCUUAUUCAAAAAUGAGAUAAAGCUUAUAAAUGUGAAAUAUGUAAAAUGAGAUUUGUUCAAAUAAUAAAUUGGACAUGCAUAAGCUUAUUCACACAGGAGAGAAACUUCAUAUAUGUAAAGUAUGUAAAAGUCAUUUCGUUAUAACUGGACUUUAAAGCAGCAUAUGCAUUAUCAUACAAGAGAGAAACCUUAUAGGUGUGAAAUAUGUAGCACAUCAUUUAGUCUUAAGAGUAGUUUAAAGAAGCAUAUGCGUAUUCACACAGGAGAGAAACCUAAUGUGUGUGAAAUAUGUAUGAAGUCAUUUAUUCGAAGCAAUGAUUUAAAAAGGCAUAUGGUUGUUCACACAAGAGAGAAACCCUAUGUGUGUGCAGUGUGUAACAAGUCAUUUAGCAUCAAGAACAGUUUAAACAGACAUGUGCUUAUUCACACAGGAGAGAAACCUUACGCGUGUAAGAUAUGCGAGAAGUUAUUUAGGUGUAACUCUGCUGUAAAAGACCAUAUGCGUAUUCACACAAGAGAGAAACCUUAUGUUUGUGAACUAUGUAACAAGUCAUUUAGACUUAAGGGUACUUUAGACAAGCAUGUGCGUAUUCACACAGGAGAGAAAUCUUGUGUGUGUGAAAUAUGUAAGAAGUCUUUUAUUCAAAAAGAUAAUUUAAAUCAGCAUAUGCUUAUUCAUACAAAAGAGAAACCUUACAUGUGUGAAGUAUGUAACAAGUUAUUUAAUCAUAAGAGUAGUUUAUACAGGCAUGUGCAUAUUCACACAGGAGAAAAACCUUAUGUGUGUGAAAUAUGCAAGAAAUUAUUUAGGUGUAACUCUGCUUUAAAGGUGCAUAUGUGUUUUCACACAAGGGAGAAGCCUUAUGCGUGUGAAGUAUGUAAGGAGUCAUUUGGUCAUAAAUCCACUUUAAAGUUGCAUAUGUGUGUUCACACAAGAGAGAAACCUUAUGUGUGUGAACUAUGUAAAAAGUCAUUUAGUUAUAAGAGUAAUUUAAAUCUCCAUAUGCUUAUUCACGCGGGAGAGAAAUCUUUCGUGUGUGAAAUAUGUAAGAAGUCAUUUAUUAAAAAGUGUAAUUUAAAUCAGCAUAUGCGUAUUCACACGGGAGAGAAACCAUAUGUAUGUAAAGUAUGUAAGAAGUCAUUUAAUCAGAAGAGUAAUUUAAAUACGCAUACGCUUGUUCACUCAGGAAAGAAACCAUAUGGAUGUGAAGUGUGUAAGAAGUCAUAUAGUCAAAAGAGUUAUUUAAAUUUCCAUAUGUGUGUGAAGAAUACAAGACGUCAUGUAUUCACAAGGGUAGUUUAAUGAGCAUUUGAUUGUACAUUUAAACCUCUGAUUGUUCUAUUGUUUUUAACAAAAUCACUUCAAAAAUGCCAUGUUGUUUAUUUCAUACUUAAGAUCUACAUACCGGUUUGCGACGAAAAAUGCAAGCCCACCUGUAUUACAGGCUAAGCAAAUUUUGCUAUAUUAAUUUUGCCCAUAGAAAUCACGGUAUAAGCCAUCACAGAGUUAAGAUAACCUUCAUAUGUGUAAAGUAUGUGAGAAGUUAUUUAGUCACAUGGUUUAUUUAUACAGUCAAAAGUCUUUAAUCUGGACUAGUCGGGACUUCAGCGAUUCCGGAUUAACGGUUUUUCCGGAUUAUAGAUCAUCAGUUUAAAUCUGGUAAGAUGGCAUGCAGAAAUUAUAA